AUGGACGCGGAUACCGUCGAGAUGGACCAAGAGCUCACGACAGAGGCCAUUAAGGUCUUCGACCAGAUGAAAGCAACGGCGAACAACGAGUUCAUGACGAGGAUUCAUGUGAUUGUUGAGGACUUGGGGCGACGCGCCCGCCACGCCGUUGAGAAGAUUGCGAUCAAAAAGAAGAAUGCAGAAGAGGCAGGAGUGCCCUGGAUCCCGACCCAAGAACUCCAGCGCUUGACGCAGGAUCAAGACUCCGUUCUGCGCUCAGAUGAUGACCUAGCAGGACUGUCUGCAUUCGAUAGCCAACCAGGAACAAAUACUGGUGGCAUCCCAAAUCUGUUCGCUGGGAACACUGGCUCGCCUUUCCAGCACCAAGAUUGGGUCUACUCUGACCUUACGAACCCAUUCGGGACAAGCAUGGGCUAUGGGAACGCACACUCUUUUGCUGAUGAUGUCGCGGUAACAUCAGCAGCUGCCGAUCCACGCGCAGGGCUGAUGUUCCUGGGAUGA